AUGGCAGCCGCGUGGAAAGCAGCAGGUCUCUCCUACAACCGCUACGUCGCCAUCGCCGCGCGCGUUGUGCGUCGCUCGCUCAACGAUGAAAAGCGCAUCAUUGCCGAGCGAAGGGGCGAGAGCGAAUUGAGGUUCGCCAAGUGGGAGAAUGGCAAGCAGGGCGAGAGCAAGGAAUUGAACGCUGCGGCGCUUCAGGCACAGGUUGAUGCGCAGAAGACCGGCGCAUAG